AAUGAACGCUGCGAAUGAUAUUUAAAACCCAGGCAGCCUGACAGAGUUAUUUGUAUUGCUGUAGUGUUUAUAAGCCAUUUCGUUUGUUGUGAGAAAUCCAGUACAAAGAUGGGAAAAGGCAAAAAGUCCACUUCUGCCAAACGAAGACCUGUGGACGGCAGUAUAAACGAGAAAGUAGAAGAGGCUAAAGAGAACAGAGACGGGAAAACCACGACAUGCCAAGGGCAGCCAACAAUACAUAGUUUUCUGAAUCUAAACAAGCCGCUCCGGAAUAACCCACUUAACCUUAUUUUAGACGACAAUACAGCAACGGACCGUUUACCCAAAACCAGCGAACAGAGUGAAGUCAAAGACGCAGAGCCGAAUGCACCUAAAAAAGGGGACCCUGACAAACAGAGCCUUAUUUGUGGACCUAAUGAGCAGACUGUGCCUCGUGAAGGGUCUGGGACAAGAAAGCAAACACAAUCUGUGCACAGGAUAAAUGGUGAAAAGUCAAAAGACAGGAAAUCGAAAAACAAAGAGUCUGAACCCAAUCGAAAGGUCACAGAUUAUUUUCCUGUUAGGCGAAGUUGCAGGAAAGGCAAAGCUGAGUUGAAGUGUGAAAAGCGGCAGCACCUUGAUGAUCUCAUCAAAAACAAUGUUGAAGAGGGGCUCAAGGUGAAAAGUAUUGAUGGAAGAGGAAGAGGUGUUUUUGCAGACCGAACAUUUCAGAAAGACCAGUUUGUAGUAGAGUACCAUGGGGAAUUGUUAGAGAUUGCUGAUGCUAAAGCAAGAGAGUCUCAAUAUGCUCAAGACCCAACCACUGGCUGCUACAUGUACUAUUUCCGCUACCAUGACAAAACCUACUGUGUGGAUGCUACCAAAGAAACUGACCGUCUGGGCCGACUGAUCAACCACAGUAAGAAUGGCAACCUUCGGACCAAAAUGCAUGGGAUAAAUGGCACACCUCACCUCAUCUUCCUCACUUCCAGAGACAUCAAAGUAGAUGAGGAGCUGCUUUAUGAUUACGGUGACCGCAGUAAAGAAGCCAUCGCUGCUCAUCCUUGGCUUAAGCAUUAAUUCACUCUGUUUAGUUGUCUUGUUCCAAUAGCAUUUAAAUUAGUGGAAUAACAUAGACAUACAUUGAUGUUUGGAGUUGCCAAACCGUUCACUGUAACAAAUGGUAUCAUAAAAUGAAUUGUGUGAGGUUUUGAAAGAACCACAGCAACUGUAAAAUUGUUUUUUAAAUGAUUUCUACAUCUUAGUUGCUUUUUUUUUUUUUUUUUUUUUUGGGGGGGGGGGGACUUAAUUUUAAUAAGACAUGUAUAAGAAUACCAGCCUCUGAUUUUAAAUAUAUGAGAAUAUUCAAAUGUGUGUAGUUACUGUACAUUUGUAUAUGCAAAAUUACGUUUAAUCUCAAA